AUGGACGGGCAUCCCCAAAACCCUAGCCCGCGCCCCUAUAAAGGAGGAGCCGCGCGCGCCCCUGCUCCAUCCCCAGCCGCCGCCGUCUCCCUCCCCAUCUACAGCCUCGUCGAGCCCCGACGCGUCCGCGCCCUCGACCUCGCCGCGCCAAGACGCCGUGCGCCCUCGCCCUCGCCCUCGACCCCGGGAACCCGCCGCGACGCCGAGCAGGAGCUCCGCGCCCUCGCCGCGCCGAGCCCCGACCCCGCGACGCCGUCGUGCGCAAGCCGCCACCGCGCCGUGGAAACUGCGUCCAUGCCGACCGUGGUGACCGCGACCGCGACCCCGAUGUCGGUCUGCGCCACCACGACGACGCCAUGCUCGUGCCCCGUCGCCCCCGCGUCGACCUCGUCCCCGGAGCGCGUCCUCGUCAACAACGCGAGCGCCGAGCCAUCCACGACGCCGGCAGCAGCAGAACCGCGACCCUGUCCGGCGUCCACGGCCCCGUCCUCGCCGUGA